CCUCCUUCAGUGUCGCUUCUAUUUUGACAGCUACUAAACUGCAAAGCAGUACUUUCGCCACGUAUUUCCUUUUUUGGUGUCAUUUCGACUGACCGCUCUGGAUUUUACGCUUAUGAUGAAGUGAAAAGCAAUUAUGGUGGUUAAUUCAGUGUACUGGUUUCGGAAAUGUCUUCGUUUACACGAUAAUCCGGCGUUGCAAGAGGCCCUCAAUGGAGCGAAUACAGUGCGUUGUGUUUAUAUCCUGGACCCGUGGUUCGCUGGCGCCGCCAACGUGGGAAUCAACCGAUGGAGGUUUCUGCUGGAGGCGCUGGAGGACUUGGACUGCAGUCUGAAGAUGCUCAACUCCAGAUUGUUUGUAGUCAGAGGGCAGCCUGCAGAGGUUUUCCCAAGGCUGUUUAAGGAAUGGAAAAUGACAAGGUUGGCGUUUGAGUACGACCCAGAGCCAUAUGGGAAGGAGAGGGACAACGCCAUUAUCAAAAUGGCCCAAGAGUUUGGCGUGGAGACUGUUGUCAGAAACUCUCAUACUCUCUAUAACCUGGACAGGAUAAUAGAGAUGAACAACAACAGUCCUCCGCUGACCUUUAAGCGUUUUCAGACUAUUGUGAGCAGACUGGAGUUGCCCAGGCGACCACUGCCUCCCAUCACGCAACAACAGAUGGACAAAUGUCAUACUAAAAUAGCUGACAACCAUGAUCAGCUAUACAGUAUACCUUCUCUCGAAGAAUUAGGUUUCAGGACCGAGGGUUUGCCUCAAGCUGUGUGGCGUGGAGGAGAGUCGGAGGCAUUGGACCGACUAAACAAACACCUGGAUAAAAAGGUAUGGGUGGCUAAUCUUGAGCACCCUCGUGGCAACAUGUGCUCUUUGUAUGCCAGUCCAACCGGCCUGAGCCCAUAUUUGCGUUUCGGCUGCCUGUCCUGUAGAGUCCUCUACUACAACCUCAGGGAGCUCUACAUGAAGCUCCGGAAGCGUUGCAGUCCUCCUUUGUCCCUGUUUGGGCAACUCUUAUGGAGGGAAUUCUUCUACACUGCUGCCACUAAUAAUCCAAACUUUGACCGCAUGGAAGGAAACCCCAUUUGUGUUCAGAUUCCAUGGGACCAGAAUCCAGAAGCACUCGCCAAAUGGGCUGAGGGCCGGACCGGUUUCCCCUGGAUCGAUGCCAUAAUGACACAGCUCAGACAGGAGGGCUGGAUCCACCACUUGGCUCGGCACGCUGUGGCUUGCUUCCUCACCAGGGGGGACCUGUGGAUCAGCUGGGAAAGUGGCAUGAAGGUGUUUGAGGAGCUGCUGUUGGAUGCAGACUGGAGUGUAAAUGCUGGCAGCUGGAUGUGGCUGUCAUGUAGUGCCUUCUUCCAGCAGUUCUUCCACUGCUACUGUCCUGUUGGCUUCGGAAAAAGAACUGACCCUACUGGAGACUAUAUUAGGCGUUAUAUACCCAUCUUGAAGGACUAUCCAAACCGGUACAUCUAUGAGCCGUGGAACGCCCCUGAGUCAGUCCAGAAGGCGGCAAACUGUGUGGUGGGAGUGGAUUAUCCGAAACCAAUUAUCAACCAUGCCGAGAGCAGCAGACUCAACAUUGAGAGGAUGAAACAAGUUUACCAGCAACUCUCACAUUACAGAGGACUCAGUCUGCUCGCAUCAGUACCAACAAUCCAAGAGGAGGCCGAGCCACCAAUGACUGAUGAGUCUCAGACCAGCAGUGGCCCCGACUCACCACCCAGAGUCAUUGAUGAUGAUGCAGCUCGUGGCUCUACAGCUCCCGAUUCAUCCACUGUCUGCACACCUUCCAACACGGUCCCAGACCAACAACUGGAAGCAGAUGGAAUGACUUGCCAAUCCCAGGCACAAGUUAAUUCCUUAGAUUCUCACACACAUCCUUUUGCAGCCAUAACAUCAACAUGUGCAGGCUACUCCGCUACGGUAGGGUCCCCUCCUUCACCAGGUUUGACACCAGCCCAGACCUCCCCCAUGUCAAGGUCCAAAACAACCUCACCUUCCUCAUCAAGUUCCACAUUACCCCCGUCCCCAAGUCCGGCUCCAGUCCAAACUCACACCUCUUCUUUGGGGUCAAGAAGAAAAAGCUUUACUCGUAAAGUGCACCGUGGCCAGAGACAACGAGGGCGACAGAACUGUCCUCGAGGGCCCAGAGAAGGAGAAAAAAGAGCCGAUGAGGGAGAAACCGAGAUAGCAGGAGGGGAUGAGAAGAUGGAAGAAGGUCUUGAGAUAGACGAGGAGAGAAUGGAAGAAGAGAUGUAUGCAGGACAUACUCAGUAAUACACAGUACAAAAGUACCUUCAUUGCUGGAGGAAAACGCAUCAAAGCAUGAUAUCACAUUUUGGAGAAAAUGUCCCAUUCUAUCCAUUAUUCUUUUUUUAUAUUAAUACCUGAUGUAAUGCUGCUAACGGUGUUUUUCUUAGUGACUCGCUUGAGUGAGCAAAAGUUAGUGGUCGGCGUUGUAUAUUUUUCUGAGGAAAUGUUCACCCUUGAAAAUUUCUCAUUUAGACACGCACCAGACACAAGGUACACAUGCACAAUCUAAUAAUAUGUAAUAUAAGAGCCAUAAUGUGAAUGUAAAUGGUUACUUGGUUGCUCACCCGUAGAAGGUAGAAUAUGGAGAACCAAAUGUCAUUUUACUGUGGCAAAGAACUGGAUGUUCAUAUUGAGAGUUGCUUAUUUAGCCUCUCAUGUAGAAAAUAAUAUAAUAAUAAUAAUAUCAAUUAUUUAUACAUGCAUACAGCUCCCAGUAUGCAACUUUCAAUCAUAAAUCAAUAGCCUGAUUGUGCAGCUGUACCUAAUAAAAGUGUCUGGUGGGUUUGUGUAGCUGAAAGCGGAAGCAGUAAAACAUUUUAUUUGCAUUAUCAUGUCAUACACCAAAACAAAUUGGAUGACUGGAAAUUAAUUUGGUAAAUCAUAAUUCAGGGAUGGACAUGAACGCAAAUACCCGGCAUCACCUUGUUUAACAAUACAGUACAACCUUUUGUGAAGCCCCUCCCUUCGCCCUCCUGCUUUUAUGAACAGCUCCAUAGAGAACCGGACACCACAGUAUGACCUGAAUUAUCAGUGCAGUACUGUUUAGUACAUUAACAGCUGACAAUUUUCAUUAACUGACAAUGUAUAUCUGUAUUUUGACAUGUUCUGUAAUAAUAUUUGAUACCGAAACCCAGAUUGGCAAAAAGGUUUUUGUCUACAUUGCAAUCAGGCCAAAACUCAAAAUUCAAAUCUAAAUCCAGUAAGCUCAACAUUACACCGUACAUCCGUCGGUGUUCAGUACACUUUGUUUGGUGGAACACAUUUACAGUGGGGAAAAAGUAUUUGAUCUCCUGCUGAUUUUCUAAGUUUAAACCCUUACAAAGACAAGGAUUGUGUCCUCAAAAACUGGUUAUGUUAAACCUAUAAAAUCAGCAGGGGAUGAAAUAAUUAUUCCCCCACUGUAUAUGCAAUAUAGAUAUAAUAGAUGAAGUUGGGUCCAGUUGAAAUAUUUACCACACUUUUCUCUGGUGUUUGAAAAAUCCUGUGCUCAAUUGAAUGUAGAGAAAAGGGUGUGUUCACCCCCCAUAUACUGUAUUUAUCAGAAUUUGUACAUAAAAGAGUUUAAACCAC